AUGGUCUCCACGACGUUGAUCUCAUCUGUCCCACAACAUGUCUCCCCUGAGGAACACAGAAAUAUCGUAGGAUCGACUCCUACAUCGUUCAACGACAUCCCUCCCGUGCUGCGUCACAAGGAGGACAAUGUACGCGUGAUGCUCGAUCCUCCCCUCCACACAUUCACCGAACAAGAUUGCGCGAAUGGAACGUUAUUCGUGAUUGAGAACGCCCUUGUCUUCAUGUCAUCGACUGGGGUCGGAUUUCAGGUCCCGUACCCUGCCAUCACCCUACACGCAAUUGCGCGUCCAGAAUCUGGACCGUCGAUAUAUUGUCAGCUGGACGAGCUCACAGGAGAACCUGGAGCAACUGAGUCACCUGAAAAUGAUGAAGCCUCCGACAUGCGAGAGCUGAGCAUCAUCCCGUCAAACCCUGCGUCUCUGGAGCCGAUAUUCGAGGCAAUGUCUCUCUGUGCUUCCCUCCACCCAGAUCCAAACGUUUCAGAUGACGAUGACUUGGACGAAGCAUUUAUGGAUGAGAGCGCCUUCGAGACGUUUACGGGUGAAGAGGGCGAUGAGCUCAGUGAAGUUGGUCGGGUGCGCAGUGAUUUCGUCACCAACAACCGUUAUGCACCGUACUAG